AUGGAUGCCGAAGAAAGGUCAUCUCUAGCAGAAACCAUAACAGCGGCAACAGCAACGGCAUCAGCUACCUUCGCCAUUAUCUCCCAUCUCCCAUUCCAGCAGGGAGUAGUCGAACCGCCGACUCACCAAUACAAACGUGCAGUUGUCGUCCCGCGGACAAGUGAAGAGGACGUAAGCUGGAUCGACUGGGCCUUCGGCAAUGACAGUCUCUUGCAAAAAGCAAUCUACACCGUCGACGAUCCAGUUGAGCCGUAUGUCCUGCCUGCCAACAAAGGCAACGAGGUCAUGGCGUACCUUACGUUCAUCAUCGACUUUUAUGACCUUCUACCGGAUGUUUCAAUAUUCAUGCACGCACACUCUACAGCCUGGCACAACAACGACCUGCUCGAGAUGGGCUCUUCACAGAUUUUGAAGCGCCUCAACCUGCGCAAAGUCGUCAGAGAAGGCUAUUUCAAUCUUCGUUGCCAUCAGUAUCCUGGUUGCUCGAAUCGUUUGUUUCCGCUUGCAAAAAAUCAAAGCUCAGUGGACGUACCACAAGAAGAGGUGUUCGAAGAUGCUUGGAAACAGCUGUUUCCCCUCGAAGAUGUCCCGGAAGCGCUGGCGCAGCCUUGCUGUGCACAGUUUGCUGUCUCUCGCGAACGAAUUCAAAUGCUCCCGUGGGAACAAUAUAUUCACUUCCGCAAAUGGGUGCAGUAUACGAGGCUGCCGAACAAUGUUUCAGGACGCGUCUGGGAGUACAUCUACCAGUAUAUCUGGGCCGGUAGACCGGAAUUUUGCCCGAAAGAGAAUGUCUGCUACUGCGACGGCUACGGUGUAUGCUUCGGCGGCGAAGAGGAAUACAACGAGUACUAUACGAAAAAGAGAGGGAUUGAUGAGCUGAAAGCAAAAGGAGCAGAGCAAUUCACAACCGAAGGCAGUGUAAGCUGGCCGGUGGACUAUGCGAGCCAACUAGACGAGUUGCAGCAGUGGUUGGAGCAAGAGAGAGAGAAGGCGUGGCAGAGGGGCCAAGAUCCAUCCAAUCGAGCCCGUGAGGCCGGGCGGCCUUACAUGCCGGGAGACGGGUUCUAG